AUGCGAGUGCUUCUCAUCGGAAAGGGGGGCCGCGAGCACGCUCUGGCGUGGAAGCUCUGCCAAACGGCCCAGCGCGUUUUCAUCGUUCCCGGCAAUGGGGGCACGGCUGCUUCGGCGCCCAACGUUUCCAACGUGGAACGUGCCGACAUGCACGACUUCGAGAGCCUCGUGGCCUUGGCCCGGACGUUGGCGGUUGAUCUCGUCCUGCCUGGUCCUGACGACGUUGUCGUCGAGGGCAUUGCUGACGUUUUCGAACAGGACUUUAUUAGACGUUACGGUAUCCCCACGGCAGAGUACCGCAACUUUGACACCUAUGAGCACGCAAGAGACUAUCUUUCUUCUGUCAACCACCGCGUCGUGAUCAAGGUGUCCGGUCUUGCUGCCGGGAAAGGCGUCGUUCUCCCCGAGACGCAGGAAGAAGCCCAGCGAGAGCUCCACGAGAUGAUGGUCGACAAGAAGUUUGGGCAUCAGGAAGUCGUCAUCGAGGAGUUCCUGUCGGGUGACGAGAUAAGCAUCCUCGCAUUCUGUGACGGCCACACUUUCAGAUCGUUGCCACCGGUCCGGGACCACAAACGGAUAUUCGCUGGUUCGAAGGGUCCGAUUACCAGGGGCAUGGGGAUGGAGAAGGACCUUGUCGUCCCUACCCUUCAAGGCCUGCAAUCUGACGGUAUGUCGGAGCACUUUGUUGUAUCCUGCGCUCUGCUUCUGCAGGGACUGAUUGAUGGCCGUUCAACCGGGACAUGUCUUUCGCGGGAUUGUCUUCACAGGUGUCAUGAUCACACCUAGAGGGCCAAAGGCUCCCGAGUACAAUGUUCGAUCCGGCGGUCCGGAGUUACAAUCCUUAAUUCCGCUUUGCACGAAUGGAAGCCUCUCUAGCCAGGUCCUGGGCAUUCGGCAGGGGUACGUCUGGAAUGUGGUUAUAGCUUCUGAGGGUUAUCCCGGCGAGCACAGGCAAGGUGAUAGAAUCGACAUCGCUGCCGGUCCUGAGGAUGUCCAAAUCUUCCAUGCUGGGAUGGUUCGACUUGGCGAUGAGCUUCGAACAGCUGGCGGCCGCGUCUUGGCCGUGGCGCGGUAA